AGUGGUAGAUUUUUAUGUAUAUCUAAUAUAGUUUAUUGGACAGGACAUUUAGUUCAUGUCGCUAUUCCAGGAGCUAGAGGGGAAUACGUUCGAUGGAAUAAUUUUUUAGGUGUAUUGCCACAUCCUCAAGGAUUAGGUCCACUUUUUACAGGCCAGUGGAAUCUUUAUGCUCAAAACCCAGAUUCCAGUAGUCAUUUAUUUGGUACCCCUCAGGGAGCAGGAACUGCCAUUCUAACACUUCUUGGGGGAUUCCAUCCACAAACGCAAAGCUUAUGGCUGACUGAUAUUGCGGACCAUCAUUUAGCUAUUUCGAUUCUUUUCCUGAUAGCUGGUCACAUGUAUAGAACCAACUUCGGGAUUGGCCACAGUAUAAAAGAGAUCUUAGAAGCACACAUUCCUCCAGGGGGUAGAUUGGGGCGUGGACAUAAGGGUCUUUAUGACACAAUCAAUAAUUCACUUCAUUUUCAAUUAGGUCUUGCUCUAGCCUCUUUAGGAGUUAUUACUUCCUUGGUAGCUCAACACAUGUACUCUUUACCUGCUUAUGCGUUUAUAGCGCAAGAUUUUACUACUCAAGCGGCGUUAUAUACUCAUCAUCAAUACAUCGCAGGAUUCAUUAUGACAGGAGCUUUUGCUCAUGGAGCUAUAUUUUUUAUUAGAGAUUACAAUCCAGAACAAAACGAGGAUAAUGUAUUGGCAAGAAUGUUAGACCACAAAGAAGCUAUAAUAUCGCAUUUAACUUGGGCCAGCCUAUUUCUGGGGUUCCAUACUUUGGGAUUUUAUGUCCAUAAUGAUGUCAUGCUUGCUUUUGGCACUCCGGAAAAACAAAUCUUGAUCGAACCCAUAUUUGCCCAAUGGAUACAAUCUGCGCAUGGUAAAACUUCAUACGGCUUCGAUGUACUGUUAUCUUCAACGAAUAGUCCGGCGUUCAAUGCGGGGCGAAGCAUAUGGUUGCCCGGUUGGUUAAAUGCUAUAAAUGAGAGUAGUAAUUCUCUAUUCUUAACAAUAGGACCCGGAGAUUUCUUAGUUCAUCAUGCUAUUGCUCUAGGUUUACAUACAACUACAUUGAUCUUAGUAAAAGGUGCUUUGGAUGCACGUGGUUCCAAGUUAAUGCCAGAUAAAAAAGAUUUUGGUUAUAGUUUUCCUUGCGAUGGUCCGGGACGAGGUGGUACUUGUGAUAUUUCGGCUUGGGACGCAUUUUAUUUGGCAGUUUUCUGGAUGUUAAAUACGAUUGGCUGGGUUACUUUUUACUGGCAUUGGAAACACAUUACACUAUGGCAGGGGAAUAUCUCACCGUUUAAUGAAUCUUCUACCUAUUUGAUGGGAUGGUUAAGAGAUUAUCUAUGGUUAAACUCUUCACAACUUAUCAAUGGAUAUAACCCCUUUGGUAUGAAUAGUUUAUCCGUCUGGGCAUGGAUGUUCUUAUUUGGACAUCUUGUUUGGGCUACUGGAUUUAUGUUCUUAAUCUCCUGGCGCGGAUAUUGGCAGGAAUUGAUUGAAACUUUAGCAUGGGCUCAUGAACGCACACCUUUGGCUAAUUUGAUUCGCUGGAGAGAUAAACCAGUGGCUCUUUCCAUUGUGCAAGCGAGAUUGGUUGGAUUAGCCCACUUUUCUGUAGGUUAUAUAUUUACUUAUGCAGCGUUCUUGAUUGCCUCUACAUCGGGCAAAUUUGGUUAAUGUAAUUUUUUUUUGUAUCCGCAUCCUUUCCUUCUAUGGAGAAGGUGGUUUA